AAUAAAAUUAUGUAAAGUGUCAAUUUAUUAACAAAGAAAUUCAAUUUUUAUUGAGUAAUUAAGAAAACUUGUUUAUAUUUCAUUUUUAAAAUGUAUAGAAAAAUUAGCAGUGGAAAUUUUAAAAAUAUCAACUUAUCACUUGGCUGUGUUAAAAAUUAUUCUAAAGAAGAAACGACUUUCAAAGAUAAAUUAAACAAUGGCCCUAAUUUGGAGGACUUUUUAAGUGAAAAAAUUCCCAAGUACGAUGGGAAAUUGAAAUUAGACAAAAAUGAUAAGUCACGACUGAGAUUGCCCCCGUGGUUGAAACGCGAGAUUCCCAUGGGAGAAAAUUAUGCCCAAUUAAAAUCACAAUUACGUGAGUCGAAAUUAGCGACAGUAUGUGAGGAAGCGAGGUGUCCAAAUAUUGGUGAGUGUUGGGGCGGUGGCGAGCAUGGAACAUCCACAGCAACAAUUAUGCUAAUGGGUGACACCUGCACACGUGGGUGCAGAUUUUGUUCUAUAAAAACUGCACGGGCGCCUCCGCCAUUAAAUCCCGAGGAACCGGUUAAUACAGCAAUUGCUGUUGCUAAAUGGGGUGUUGAUUAUAUUGUACUUACAUCCGUCGAUCGUGAUGAUUUACCCGAUGGAGGAUCGAAUCAUAUUGCAGCAACAAUAAAAGAGUUAAAAAAUCGGAGCAAUAUUUUAGUAGAAGCUCUGGUGCCAGAUUUUGGCGGAAAUCAAGAAUGUAUACAAAAUAUCGUCGAUUCAAAAUUAGAUGUCUUUGCACACAACAUCGAAACAGUCGAACGCCUGACGCCAUUCGUACGCGAUCGACGCGCGAAUUACAAACAGUCGUUGAAAGUUUUAAAAAUGGCGAAGGAAUUAAACGAAAAUUUGAUAACAAAGUCAUCGAUAAUGUUGGGCCUCGGAGAAACUGACGAAGAAAUAAUGACGACAAUUAAAGAUCUAAGAUCUGUUGGAGUCGACGCACUGACUCUGGGCCAGUACAUGCAGCCGACGAAACGUCAUUUGAAAGUAAUUGAAUACGUGACACCGGAAAAAUUUAAACACUGGGAAGAUUUUGGAAAUAAAAGUGGAUUUUUGUAUACCGCCAGUGGUCCACUUGUCAGAUCUUCUUACAGAGCCGGUGAAUUUUACCUGGGUAAUAUUAUCAAGCAGCGAAGUCGCAAUAUUGAAGAUGUUAAUGUUUGAAAUUUUAUUUGAUUAAAUUUAUUAGUUUAGUGGAUUUAAACUGUCGAGAUUUUUGUAAUUGUUGAGACAAAUAAAUUAUUUUUAUUUAAAA